AUGAUCCGCUCGGAUCUUCUCGACGGCGAGGAGUUGGCGAUCGCCGGCGAAUCACUCCGUAUUACCCCUGUGCAGGAGAGGAGGACAAGUGCCUACCUGACCAAGUAUGAGAUGGUGCGGGUGAUUGGGGAGAGGGCUCGUCAGAUUGUGAACGGCACUUCUGUUCUUUUGAGUGGCCGAAGCCGCGUUAACGAGCGGAGCGCACUGGAAUUGGCGGAGCGGUGUUCCGAUGCGUACGCGUUGUCAGUGGACCCUAUCUUCAUUGCAAAGAUGGAUUUAUUGCAGGGGAGGAUACCAAUGAUAGUUCGCCGGACUUGGCCUAAUGGAUCAAUGGAAAACAUUCCUGUGUCUGAGCUGUUGAUUGAUAAGGUCAUGCUUAACAUGCAAAACUAA